AUGGAGAAUCAAUCUCCAAUAAAAGGCAAGCCAAGACCACGACACAAUCCCAAUGAGACUUCAGCCUUAACAACCUCUGUUCCGGAGAAACCCAUCAUCAAAGCCCUAUCAAGACCUUGUGCACUAUGCAACAAGAAUCACUGGGAUGAAGAGUGCCAGAUUUAUCCCACUCUCAAACAAAGGCUGGAACGUCUGAAGAAACUAAACGCUUGCCUCAACUGCUUCAAGAUCGGACAUAUGGCAGCCAGAUGCAAAAACAAGAAACGGAAUUGCUUCCACUGCAAGGGUCAACACAAUUCCGCGCUGUGCCCUAACAAAUUCAAGGAAAUGCCCAAUAAACCACAGGAUCCAGACUCCACUACCACGACAAAUAUAAUAGUCGAAAAAGAGAAGAAACGUGACAAGCGCAUCCUACUCUUAUGCAAGCAGAUAAAUGUGUUCAACCCAACUAAUCCAAAUACUCAACAAAGGGCUUUAGUCCUAUUCGACGUUGGAUCACAAUUAUCCUUUGUUUCAAAGAACUUAGCCAAACAACUAAUGCUUAACGAAACAGAUGAAGGGAAACUAAACAUCGCUUCAUUCGGCAAAAAGGACCCGAACACGCACCUUACAACCAGAAUUGAAAUAGGGAUAAAAAUCGGAAAGGACCGUACAGUGUUGCUCGAAGCGAACACCGUGCACUAUUUAACAAACAAACUACAAGUAGUCAACUUAAGUGAAAGCGACAUACGAUCCCUCAAAGGAAGUCCAACAAUUGAUUUCCACAGUGAAUGGAAGCAACCGGAUAUAUUAAUAGGAGCCAACCACUUCUUUCAAUUCAUCAAUUUCGACAAAGCAGAGAAUCUGCAAUCGGGAUUCACACUGCUGCACACUAAAGUGGGCCCGAUCCUGGCUGGGUCUAGCUAUACAAAGAAAAUUUCUCCCAAUUCACGAAUGUCCUCACAAAUAGUUUACGCCGCUAACACGAUCAACGUUCCAGAUUUAGAUCAAUUCUGGAAACUGGAACUAAUAGGCAUACAAGACAAACCCGAAAACAAUGACGAUGAAGAAGCCUUAAAACAAUUUAAGCAAACGAUUAGAAAAUCCGAUGGACGAUACCAGGUCGCAUGGCCAUGGAAAGACACCAGUUCCAAAUUAAGCGACAAUUUCGAAUUAUGUCUCGGACGCUUACAGUCGUUAAUCAAGCGACUUCACCGCAACCAACAUCUACUUACCACAUACAAUGAAACAAUCAAUGAACAGUUAAGAUCCAAUGUCAUCGAAAGGGUAAGUCAUUUCACAAACCAUCAAGGUAUUAUCCAUUACUUGCCCCAUCAUGAAGUGGUAAAAUCAGAUAACACCACGACAAAGGUCAGAAUAGUUUAUGACGCUUCCGCUCACCUCAGAGGCAGGAAAAGCUUAAACGAUGUCUUGUAUCGAGGCCCUAUCACCCUUCCCGAUUUAGCUGGAAUAUUAAUUCGACUAAGAACAAUGAAAAUCAUCAUAUUAGCUGACGUCGAAAAAGCCUUCCUACAAUUAGAGUUGCUGCCAACGGAACGGGACUGCACACGCUUUCUAUGGGUAAAAGAUAUUCAGAAACAGAUGGACAGAGAUAAUUUAAUAUGCUAUUGA